AUGUGUUAUACGAGCACGGGGGCUGCUUUGUCUUUGCCCCCAAAGAAAAAAGAUAUAUACAGGCCUUAUUCGUUAGAUGAUCGGCCGACAAUUGUUAAACCUAAACCCAGAAUUGUUAUACCCAAUAAUUCGGAAGAAGUUAAACCGAAAGAACAACAACCUUUACCCGUACCCGUAAGACGAUUCGAACCCGAUAAUCCCGUUAAUAUUAAUUCUAGUCAGAUAGUCGAUAUAAGGGAUGCAUUACCCGUUGAGGCUCCCAUUUUGGAUGCUCAAUUGUUAGAACAAACAACUGAGUAUCCAACGCGUGAACCCAUAUGUAAAAGAGUCGAUCAAGAAAAUUUUUACGAAGAUAGAUCACAAAAAGAUGGUUAUAACGAACAACAAGAAGAGCAGCAGCAUAUCUUUGUCCGGGAAGAAUAUUAUCAUCAGGGAGGAGAGGAUAGAAAUUAUAGAUACGAUGAAAGAUCAUUCGAAAGAUAUUCAAGACCGGCCGAGGAUAUAUCAGCGGCUCAUGCAAUUUUAGACCUGAGUGCCUCAACAAUUUCAACGCCGGUCAAUAAAACCGUUGCCUACACGUACGAAGCAUUUUUCGUUAGCGAUGGUCGUUCUAAAAAAAAAUCAACAACAACGGGUCCUGCUGCUGCUACCAUGUCGGACGUACCCCCGCAAGAAAUAACAGAAAACAAGACUAAAUACACGUGCACGGAAUGUGGAAAACAGUAUGCAACAAGUUCAAAUUUAUCACGUCACAAACAAACUCACAGGAGUUUGGAUUCACAAUCGGCUAAAAAAUGCAUGACGUGCGGUAAAGCGUAUGUCAGCAUGCCGGCUUUGGCCAUGCACUUGCUAACACAUAAACUAUCACACGGAUGCGGAGUCUGCGGAAAACUCUUUUCUAGACCUUGGCUCCUACAAGGUCAUUUAAGAUCACACACGGGAGAAAAGCCAUACGGAUGCGCACACUGCGGAAAAGCGUUCGCCGAUCGGAGCAAUCUUCGAGCACACAUGCAAACCCAUUCGAUAGAUAAAAAUUACGUUUGCACGAGAUGCAACAAAUCCUUUGCAUUGAAAUCAUAUUUAAACAAACACUUGGAAUCCGCUUGUUUUAAAGAUGUUUCGAUAAAAGAAGGUGAAACGUCAUCGGGGAUUGAUGUAUCACCUUUGACCCCACCGCAGUCGCCUUCUCCUAUAUAUAAUUAUUCCCUUUAA